UUCAAAAGUAUGUGCUCAUUCAUGUGUAAUUACUUCCACCCCACUAAUCAAAGUAUUCUCGUAAGUGUAGAAUCUGCUAUUUAAAAUACAUACCGUUGUAUUGCUCUCUGGCUGAAUCCAUGUUGUGCCUCCAUCUUUGAAAUACAUUCGCCGACGAGGGACAUUUCUGAAAUUCAAGCUCCGCCUUUCGCGCUUUCAGAGUACACUCAAGCUGGCCGCGAGCGACAGGAAAAACAUCAAGACCAAAGUCAAUAUUGGAGUUAGUUUUCCAAGAUGGGGCUCAAUGGACACUGAAGUUGCUAAGUUACUUUCUAUCUUCUCCACAGAUAAGAUCAGUGAUUUGUGUUUGGAUGGAGAAAUAACGUCUUUAUCGUCAAAAGAGCGACAGACGGCACAAACUCUUUCCUGCAUCACCGAUGAAGAGACAUUGAGCUCACAGAGACCUUUAGAUAAAAAUGCAGAACAAAAACUCUUGACCUCCACCAGAUCUGAGAUCAGCUUCACUACCUUACAAAAGUAUAAACGUCAUCAUUCAAAAGUGCACAGAGAGAAGAAGAAGAAGAAGAAGAAGCAGUUUCACUGUCAGCAAUGUGGGAAGGAUUUUGGCUUCUUAUCUCAACUAAAAGUUCACGUGAGGUCACACAGUGGUGAAAAGUCUUUUUACUGCACUGAAUGUGGCAAAUUUUUCAGCACCAAACAAAGUCUUCAUUUUCAUCAGAGAAUUCACACUGGAGAGAAACCAUACGAGUGUCCUCACUGUGAGAAGAGAUUCAGCCAAAAACCUCAUCUAAAGACACAUAUGCUUAAACACACCAAUGAAAGACCGUAUCAGUGCAGUCAAUGUGACAAAACCUUUAAGGAUUCACGUUCAUUAAAAUCACACCAGAAUAUUCACUCUGAGGAGAAACGCUAUCCGUGUUCACACUGUGAUAAAGGUUUCUGUCAUAAAUCUAGUCUGAUAAUCCAUGAGAGAAUUCACACUGGAGAAAAACCUUACGUCUGCUCUCACUGUGGAAAGAGCUUCUCUCAUCCAAGUACUUUUAAAGCUCAUCAGAGAAUUCAUACAGGAGAAAAACCUUACGUCUGCUCUCAAUGUGGAAAGAGCUUCACUCUUCCAAGUACUUUUAAAGCUCAUCAGAGAAUUCAUACUGGAGAGAAACCUUACGUCUGCUCUCAAUGUGGAAAGAGCUUCACUCAUCCAGGUACUUUUAAAGCUCAUCAGAGAAUUCAUACAGGAGAAAAACCUUACGUCUGCUCUCAAUGUGGAAAGAGCUUCACUCUUCCAAGUACUUUUAAAGCUCAUCAGAGAAUUCAUACUGGAGAGAAACCUCAUCACUGUACUGUUUGUGGGAAGAGUUUCAGCAAAAAAUGUAAUCUAAAGAAACAUGUGCAUAUACACACCAAUGAGACCAUAUCAGGUUUUAGUGAGACACCAUAGAACUCAUACAGGUGAAAAACCGUUACAAAUGUUCUCAGUGUGAGAAGACUUUUACUAAGCCAGAUUCCUUAAAAGCCCAUUUGAGAGUUCAUACGUGAGAGAAACCUUACGGGCCCUAUUAUUCAUCCAGCGCAAUGAGCGACACAAGUGUCUUUCACUAGUUUCAACCUGGCGAAAUUAUCAUCUUCACGUUAAGCUUGGACCAAGUUGUUUAAAUAGCAAAUGCAUCUGCGCCCAAUUUUGCACCCAUGGGCGUUCUGGUCUGAAAAUGAGGUGUGUUCAGGUGCAUUCUUGGUGCGUUGCUAUUGUGAGGCAACUAAAAUAGACUACACCAUUAACCAACUAAAACCUGGUUUAAAGUCAAUGACGCAAUAUUGUUUUUGUUAUUUAAUGAGCGCAUUAGUAAUACGGGACGACAGUGCGCGUUUGCUUAGCACACCCAUGGAUGCGCAGCAGAACACAACCCUUUUAUAAUAUGAAAAAUUAAAGGAUUAAAAUGUAAAAGAUUAUUAUUGAGUCUCUUGGACUUAAAGGGACCACUUAACAUGUCCGCCCCAAAAAAAAUCAAUUCAUACUCCACACUCCAAACAGACGGGGGCAGUAUACCUCCAGAAAAGUGAGUUGGUCUAUUUUAAUUUAGCAGCUGCAAAUUUAGCAGCAUAUAUCAAGUUUGAUUUACAUUAGCAACUAAGUUAUCAUUAGUCACAAAAAAAAAACAUUCGGUCUCAUUAAAAUUGCAAUGUUUUCCGCUACGUUUCGUGCGUCCAUUUGGUGUUCAUUAUAAUCGGAGACAUUUCAAGCUUCUUAGCUAAUGUUACAUUUAAGCAUCAGCUUGGUAGAUAACGGGUGAAAACCGGAUCGGAUCCGUGGGUAGAGCUAACUUUUAAACGCUAACAGCUAAGGAUGCGCAAUAAUUUGCAUGCGAUAGUCAUUGCGCUUCUCGUCAGUGAAGCCGGUUUCUUGAUUAAAAGUGAAUCGCCAUCAGCUGCUUUCAGAUGGAAAAACAUGGCGCUGUCCGAGUGCUGAAACUGUUCUCUGCAUGUUUGUAAAUUCUUCAUCUCUUGUUUGUUACAAAUAAAGUAUUUUUAGAGCACAAACCUUUUCUUGCAUAUUUGCAGAUUAUUACACUGAUUUUGUAGGAUAUCCAUACAUUUACAGCAAAUAAAAGCUUGCUAUUUUACUUCCGUGACUGAAAGAAAAAGGAUUUUAAAGGUUUAAAUCUAAAAAAAAACAAUUUCGAUACAAAGGAAAUCAAUCUUAAACUGGUGGAAUUCUUCUUCUUUCAUUUUUCGGUUUACAAAUUCCACUUUCUAAAUCGAGAUAAGGCAUGAUGCCUACACAACUGUCUUUUAAAGGGGAUGAGAGCUGAGACUCUCAUUGGUUAAUUGCACGUUAUGCCCAAAACACACCCAUUACGAGAAUAGGAACGACCCUUUUAGACCGUGCGCUUGGCGCAUAAAUGAUUUUCCUGUCUUUAAAGAGUAACUAAACCCCUGGUCAGAGCCUGACCUCACCCACUGGCAAUAUUUGAAAAAUGCAAGAAAAGUGGGCAGAUCCCAACGGAGAUAGAGGGGACGAACUAAGCUCGUACCAAGUGUGUGGUGAGAUCGUAACAAGGGCGUGGUGAGCUUGAAACUGCUUACGUCACGAGUCAUUUUUUGGACCCAACAUCCAAUAGGAAAAUUCAACUGCAAUAGCCACCGUUCAACCUGAAGAGGGCAGCACUCAGACGUUUUUACACCAUAUAUUGCAGUAUUGAAACACUUUAUAUCUAAAUGUCACAAAACUUACUAAAAUCAAUGAACAGCACUAAUAAAGCAUCAUUCUUACAGAUCAUUAACUAAAAAAAGUUGGUUUAGGGUUUAGUUACUCUUUAAAUUAGCAGAAGUGGAAUCGGACACGCCCAUUUAGACCUGCGUGCAUGCGCUUUAGACAGUGCGUUUAGAUUGUUAAAAUAGGGCCAUACGUCUGCGCGAUCUGUGGAGAGAGAUUCACUAAUGUAAGACCUCAUCAGAAGAAACAUACUGAAGAACAAACUGAUCUGUGAAAAAGACUUUGGGUUGAAAAUAACACAGCAUUUUUAAAGUGUAAAACUAAUAAAUAAAACAAAUGACUCUGCUGUACUUACAUUUACAAAUGUUAUGUUAUGUAUUUAUUAAAUGAUGUAACAAGCAAAACGUGUCUCUUAAAGGAUAAGAUCUGAUUUUAUUCUAAUAAAUGAUCAAAUACUUGCUAAGAGAAAGAAUUAUAUUUAGUUUAACAUCUCCAGUAGAUAGCAGUAGAGUCACACUGUGAAUACAUCUGAAGGAUGCUUUGAAGGCAGCUCUGUUUCGUGCCCUUCAUUUGGCAACUUUUAAAGGAUGAACGAGCUGUGGGAGCAUCAACCCCUGAAUUGGGAUCCAUCCAUGGCUCCUUCUUCACAGCCUUGGCUAUCUCAAGACUCAAUGCGGGCCUGUGACGUACGGGUAUUUUGAAAUAACCAUUCAGAACUGUAGUUGAAUAAAAAAAAUUAGCAAAUGUAAAAGUUUAUUGGCUGUUGAAAAUGAUGAGAUUUGUUAAGAGCAGGAUGAAUGAAUGAAGUGUUGAGCGUCUUCUCUCUCCAGUACAGCAGGAGGCGCUGCAGCUCUUUAGUACACAAAUAAACUCACUAAAGAA